UAGAGUUUAGUCGUAGCGACUAAAUUUUUAGGCAUGCAAAAGUCGGUGAUAGUCAGCGAGUUUCCGUAAUCAGUGGCUUAUGUUAUGUAUGUUUAAAGUUCGAUAUGUAUUUAUUACAAUGGGAGAUGAGUUGAGUUUGAGUGUUCCAGUAAGAAAAGGGAGAAUAUUACGUGUGUUCUUUGCAUAAAUGAGAUUUCUAAACAUGCCGAGAGAAAAAAUGGUUAAGCAGAAACGUAUAGAUGAGUUCUUUAAAUCGACAAAUAGUAGCCGAAAACUGGACAAUAUUAAAAAGAAUUCUGCAUUAAGUGUCACUCCUCGCACCCCAAAUAAAACGAAAUUGAAAAGAUUACAGCGUACAAAGCAUGCAAUUAAACAUCUCAAAUCCAGUCAGCUAAAUUUAGAUGAUGACAAAGAUGUCGAAAUAAUAUCUCAAGAAAAUAAUACUUUGUGUUAUGAAAAAGAGGGGGUAGAUAAGUAUAUUUCAUUGUCAGAAAGUAAUAUCAGCUAUGAUCCAACAUCAUUGUGUACAAUUACAUAUGAUAGUGCUGCUGAAUUAUCCCAAGAAGAGUUAGCAUUUGAAAAAUACAAUAAUGAUGUAUUACCUAUAAAUAAAUUGAAAAAGGAUAUACCAAAUGGAAAUGAUAGUGAUAAUGGAGUUCUUGAGAAUACACCACUCAAGAAACAGCCAACAUGUGACAAAAAUAUAUCUCCAAUAGCUAAUUCUAAUAGUUCACCUUCUACGUUUAAAAAAUCAAAGUAUUCUCCAAAAAUGUCAUCUAAUAUAUCUCCAAACAAACAUGUAGCUAGAAAAUUAUUUGAUCAAUUUGUAAAUAUUGAUAUUGUAAGGACUGUUAUUGAACAUAUGAACCUAGUAAAGCAAGGUGCUAUUGUACCAAAUAAUUUUAACAUGGAAGAAAUAUAUUUUAGUAAUACAUUUGAGUAUCGUUAUAGUCAGAUAAAUACUAAAGCUUCAGUAAAAUAUGAACUAAAUAAUGUGAAUUUGCCUAGCGAUCUUAAUGCAAAAAUUCUAAUUGGUUCUAUUCUCACAGUCUUGUCGAAACCUUAUAAUUGCAGUUACUUUGAAGAGAAUGAAUUGGAUUUUAUAUAUUGCAUUCUCACCCUUCCUGAAAAAGCUCAAAAAUUAUUGGCCCGCAUGAUAAAAAGGAUGAGAGGGUGGCACCGUAAAGAUUCUAUAAAUUAUCCAGAUAUAUCCUCUAAUUUGAAGGAUGUCUUUGACCUUCUCGAAUCACGAUGUAUUUGUACGUAUGACUUAAAAGAUGAAAGUUUAGCUGCUGUACUUGAUCUAUUACAAGUAAAAGAACUUCAUCAACUUAGUCGAAGCAUGAAAAUAGAUUGCAAAGGGAAAAAAGAAAUCAUUGUUGACAAAUUGAUUAAAUUAUCAAGAAAAAAGACUUUGUUUCCUGGAAUGAAGAGUCCAAGUAGUGUUUUGUACGAUUGUAUUUUCAAAAUAUUGAAUUGUGUACGUAUAACAGACAGAACAUGGAAUAUUAUUGAUAUAAUAAUGACUUUGCUAUUACCAAAUGAGGAUCCUCAAAUGAGCAUGUCAGAUAUAUUCUUCAAGCUAGGUGAUAUUUAUUUGGGAAAAGCAGUGUUUCCCAGUACACCAAAGGAUCAAUUUCCACUAUUUUCGUCUAGACCACAUUUAUUAAUUUACGUAAAUGUCAAGUCUGAAUUGUCUACAAUGUUGAACUUAAUUGAAAAAGGAGACUGGGAACGGGUGCAAACAUAUGGAAACACAGCAAUGGAGACAUUACCAAACAUACUAAAGACCGAAUUGUUAAGACUAGAAAAUUCUAUACUUCCUAUGCAUGUGAGAAAAUUUCUACCAGGAUAUGUAUGGUUGAAAAUACUUUCAAAAAGUAUAGAAGCAUUUAAAAGAAAAAAAGACACGGCGAAAGUCGUGGAUAUCUUAAAUUUCUUGAUAAAACAAAACUGUCAUAUGAACUCGUCUAAAGGAAAAUGGUACUGCGAAUUAGCUCUUGUUAAAAUGCACCAUGACAAAGAUUUAGAUUCUAGUGCAUUAAUAACAAUUGAAGCUUUGGGUUGUGAAUAUUUAUCGCAAGUAGACAAAGUAGACCUCUUGCAGAGAGCAGACAGGAUUUUAAAUAGAAAGACGGGUGUAACGUUACAAACAAAAACGAAUAUUAACAAAGUAUUAAAUACUCAUUACCAUGAAAUGUGUACUUUUAAACCUGCAUCUAAUAUUAUUUCGGCUGUUGCAAUGCCAAAAGCUCCACAAGGUGGUAAAAGUACUUGGCUCAUAAAAAGUAGUGAUCACGAUAAUAAUUAUGGAACAGUAGAAACGGUUGCUUUGUACCAUUAUAUGGAACAGAACUUUCCCAACGGAUUACACUGUGAAGGGAAUUUACCAAUUCUUUUAUUCACGACUUUAUUCUGGGAGGAAUUGUAUGAAGAAAACAUUCCUGGAGCAUUUGCGACUCCUUACGCAAUUGCUCCUUCUGAUUUAUACACCAAAAAUUUCUAUGAAAAUAGAAAACUUCGCAUUGAUAUGAAGCUGCGCUUCCUGGAUUCUUUUAAUGCAGAUCCAGCAUCUUUCAGCAGUUGGAUGGAACAGAGGUUUAAAACUUAUAAACAAUAUCAGUCUUUAAUGCCAAGAAAUUUGCUGGAGCAUGACAUUUAUAUGAAAGAAAUUGUGUAUUGUUUAGGAGUGCAAGGUGUUAUAGGGAUCUGUAGACGAAUGAUAGAAAACUUUAAGCUUUGGUCGGCUGGAUUUCCUGAUUUAAUUGUAUGGAAUUAUGAUACGAGACAGCAUAAAAUUGUAGAGGUAAAAGGUCCUAAAGACAUCCUUUCGACAAAGCAACUACUAUGGUUGAAGUAUUUGAAUGAAAUUGGGCUUAAUACCGAAGUAUGCCAUGUUCAAGAUAAAAAAAUGUAGAGCCAUUUGAGGACUGUGAAUAGAUUAUUGCAUGCAUAUUUAUAUUUACUUUCAAGAGAUAAGUUUCGAAUGUGACAAUAUUUAUAUUUUUAACAUAGGACAUUAAAAAAUUUUUUUGUUAUAAAACCUUUCAAAUAACUAACUUACGCAAAGUUUCUCGUGGCGGGAGUUAUCUCCAAAUUAAAUUCAGCAACUGGUACACCGCGUUUUGCUGCUUGCGGUGCAAACAUCGCUGCAGGAUAUACAAUUGAAGAUGUACCAAUAAUUAAGCAAGCGUCACAAUUUUCCACUGCAUCAUCUAGCAUUUAAGAUAAAAAAAGAAUAUUUUAACACGUUAUUUGUAAACUGAAACUGUACAAAUUUUUAAUGUCUUACAUUGUUGCACAUUAUGUACAUUGUUAUAUAAUAUAAAUUUUUAUCUAUUUGUAUAUUUACUUA